ACUUCAUCAUGAGCGCAUCAAAUGUCACGACAGAGGACCGGGUUUAUGCUGGGGUCUUUGGCUGCAUUAUGGUGAUAGGUCUGCCUCUCAAUGCAGUCGCACUGUGGAUUCUUCUUCGCCGCCACAGCCUCAAAUCACCCAACGCUGUCUUCAUGGUCAACCUGGCACUCUCAGACCUGCUAGCCAUCAUCUCUUUGCCCAUGAGGAUCUACUUUCACGCCACCCGUGAAUGGCCUCUGAGCAAUAUGGCGUGCCAAUUCAUCACAAUGCUUUUUCGCAACAACCUCCACUCCAGCGCCUUCUUCAUUACUUUCAUCAGCGUGGACAGACUUCUGGCUGUGGUUUAUCCUCUGAGGUCACGCCAUCUUCGAACUUCAUCUAAUGCCUGGAAAGGAGCAGCAAUGGUCUGGCUAUUUGUGCUGGUAUUGAAUGUUCCAGAGAGAUUGGACUUUGUAAAAAAUGCCAACAGUAGUUGUUUUGAUUUCAGUCCUGAAUGGAGACCAGGUUUAACUAAAGGUAUAGCAUUUGUAUAUCUUAUGUUAAUCAUCACAAUGCUAGCAGUCAACAUUGUGUGCACUGUUACGGUGUCUUGGGUACUGCGUAGACAUCUCAUUGACUCUGCGAUCAACAACAAGAUGAAUGUAAUGCUGAUAUUUGUCAUGAACUUGGUUUUGUUUACUAUCUGUUUCCUACCUUUGUCAAUAGGUGUAGUUACAGUUAAACCUACUGAAUUAAAGCCAUUGAUAUGUCUUAGUGCUGUGAACCAGGGGCGGAUCUAG